GGGGUGGAAGUACCUCUAUGGGCCGGGUCAGACUCGGUGUUUGCGGACUAUCCUAAUAGGGCAAGCCACCUACUUCUUAACGCAAACAGCUUCUGCCCUCUGUCCUCUGAAUCCCAGCCACUCCCAUCUUAGGCUUUUUUUUUGGUGGGGCCUGUGGAGGGGGGCGGAAUCGGAAUAACAAGCUCCGUGGCCUCCAAAGUGGGGAAGAGGCAGGCAGCGCCGUGUCUUCAGACCCAGACUAUGAACUGAUUUAUGACGCUCAACUUGAGUUUGAGUUUGCGUUUGCCUUGGAAGCCGUGUGGCAAGAAAAUUCUCCAUUUCUCCGAAGAAGAGAGAUGCCACUGGAGUCAUCCUCUUCAAUGCCGCUAUCCUUCCCAUCUCUCUUACCCUCAGUACCACACAAUACUAACCCUUCCCCUCCUCCGAUGUCUUACAUCACCUCCCAGGAGAUGAAGUGUAUUCUUCACUGGUUUGCCAGUUGGUCAGGUCCCCAGCGUGAACGUUUCCUAGAGGACCUGGUAGCUAAGGCAGUGCCAGAAAAAUUACAGCCAUUGCUGGAUAGUCUGGAGCAGCUUAGUGUGUCUGGGGCAGACCGACCACCUUCUAUCUUUGAGUGUCAGCUACAUCUUUGGGAUCAGUGGUUUCGAGGCUGGGCUGAGCAGGAGCGCAAUGAAUUUGUCAGACAGCUGGAGUUCAGUGAGCCAGACUUCGUGGCAAAGUUUUACCAAGCAGUGGCUGCUACAGCUGGUAAGGACUGAUAGGCAUUCAGACCAAAGAAGAUAACCAUAGCUGAUGGAGCCAAGGCCAUGACUCUCUACAAUGAUAAUUCAAAUGUGUCAUCUAAAGCUCUGGAACUGGUAUUCAGACCAGCUGACUGAACUCACUGACCAGCAUAGGCAUGGUUAUUUCAACAGUAAUAGCAUGUCAACUGGACUCCUAUUUGUAAAUAUUAUCAAUCUAAGCAAUCCCGCUUAUCAGUCUACUAGUUUGCUUCUUUCCAAGAGAUGUCAAAUCCUCAAGAAUUUGAUGGCUUCUUCUGCAGCUAUAACCAAAAAGAACCUACACAUUAUAACUCAGGCCCACUGCUGGCUCAUGAAGUGUGUAAAGUAGAGCCCUCCUUCCCCAGAAAUAAGACAGGACAAUAAAAGGUGGCAUUUUUAUAAUUUACCUGGAUUCCAUUGGCUGGUUUUACCACUCCUAUCAGAUUCUAGUGUAAUUGUGUGAUACCCAAACCAUUAGUUUUCCCAGUGAUGAUUUAAUAAAAUUAUGAAAAAUCAG